GGAUGGGGCAGGCCAGCUACUUGCUCAAGCCAAAUCAGAUGCUAAUGCCUCUGUCUCUCUGUUUCAGGGCCCAACAUCUGUGCCACACGAGGUGUGAGCUCCUGCCAGCAAUGUCUGGCUGUGAGUCCCAUGUGUGCCUGGUGCUCAGAUGAGGCUCUGCUUCCGGGCUCACCCCGCUGUAACCUGAAGGAGAAUCUGCUGAAGGAUAACUGUGCCCUGGAGUCCAUUGAGUUCCCUGUCAGUGAGGCCACAAUCCUGGAGGCCAGGCCCCUCAGUGACAAGGGCUCUGGAGACAGCUCCCAGAUUACUCAAGUCAGCCCCCAGAGGAUUGCACUCCGGCUACGGCCAGAUGAUUCGAAGAACUUCUCUAUCCAAGUUCGGCAGGUGGAGGAUUACCCUGUGGACAUCUACUACUUGAUGGACCUGUCUUAUUCCAUGAAGGAUGAUCUGUGGAGCAUCCAGAACCUGGGUACCAAACUGGCCUCCCAGAUGCGUAAGCUCACUAGUAACCUGCGGAUUGGCUUCGGGGCCUUUGUGGACAAGCCUGUGUCACCAUACAUGUUCAUCUCCCCACCAGAGGCCCUCAAAAACCCCUGCUACGAUAUGAAGACCACCUGUUUGCCCAUGUUUGGCUACAAACACGUGCUGACACUAACGGACCAGUGGACCCGCUUCAAUGAGGAGGUGAAGAAGCAGAGUGUGUCACGGAACCGAGAUGCCCCGGAGGGUGGCUUUGAUGCCAUCAUGCAGGCUACAGUCUGUGAUGAGAAGAUUGGCUGGAGGAAUGAGGCAUCCCACUUGCUGGUGUUUACCACUGAUGCCAAGACCCACAUAGCGCUGGAUGGAAGGCUGGCAGGCAUUGUCCAGCCCAAUGAUGGGCAGUGUCACGUUGGCAGUGACAACCAUUACUCUGCCUCCACUACCAUGGAUUAUCCCUCUCUUGGGCUGAUGACUGAGAAGCUAUCCCAGAAAAACAUCAAUUUGAUCUUUGCAGUGACUGAAAAUGUAGUCAGUCUCUACCAGAACUACAGUGAGCUCAUCCCAGGGACCACAGUGGGGGUUCUGUCUACUAAUUCCAGCAAUGUCCUCCAGCUCAUUGUUGAUGCUUAUGGGAAAAUCCGUUCUAAAGUGGAGUUGGAAGUGCGUGACCUCCCUGAACAGUUGUCAUUAUCCUUCAAUGCCACCUGUCUCAACAACGAGGUCAUCCCAGGCCUUAAGUCUUGUGUUGGACUCAAGAUUGGAGACACGGUGAGCUUCAGCAUUGAGGCCAAGGUACGUGGCUGUCCCAAGGAGAAGGAGAAGUCCUUCACCAUCAAGCCUGUGGGUUUCAAAGACAGCCUCACUGUCACGGUCACCUUCGAUUGCGACUGUGACUGCCAAGCCCAGGCUGAGCCUUACAGCCACCGCUGCAACCAUGGCAACGGGACCUUUGAGUGUGGGGUGUGCCGCUGCGGGCCUGGCUGGCUGGGGUCCCAGUGCGAGUGCUCGGAAGAGGACUACCGCCCCUCCCAGCAGGACGAGUGCAGCCCCCGGGAGGGCCAGCCCAUCUGCAGCCAGCGGGGCGAAUGUCUCUGUGGCCAGUGUGUCUGCCACAGCAGUGACUUUGGCAAGAUCACGGGCAAGUACUGUGAGUGUGAUGACUUCUCCUGUGUCCGCUACAAGGGGGAGAUGUGCUCAGGCCACGGCCAGUGCAACUGUGGGGACUGCCUGUGUGACUCCGACUGGACCGGCUACUACUGCAACUGUACCACGCGCACCGACACCUGCAUGUCCAGCAACGGGCUGCUGUGCAGCGGGCGGGGCAAGUGCGAAUGUGGCAACUGCGUCUGCAUCCAGCCUGGCUCCUACGGGGACACCUGUGAGAAGUGUCCCACCUGCCCUGAUGCCUGCACCUUUAAGAAGGAGUGCGUGGAGUGUAAGAAGUUUAACCGGGGAGCCCUGUACGAGGAGAAUACCUGCAGCCGUUACUGUCGUGAUGACAUUGAGUCUGUGAAGGAGCUUAAGGACAGUGGAAAGGAUGCUGUGAAUUGCACCUACAAGAAUGAGGAUGACUGUGUCGUCAGAUUCCAGUACUAUGAAGACUCCAGUGGGAAGUCCAUCCUGUAUGUGGUAGAAGAGCCAGAGUGUCCCAAGGGCCCUGACAUCCUGGUGGUCCUGCUUUCAGUAAUGGGGGCCAUUCUGUUUAUUGGCCUCGCUACUCUGUUCAUCUGGAAGCUCCUCAUCACCAUCCAUGACCGAAAGGAGUUUGCUAAAUUUGAAGAAGAGAGAGCCAGAGCCAAAUGGGACACAGCCAACAACCCACUGUAUAAAGAGGCCACAUCCACCUUCACCAACAUCACCUACCGGGGCACUUAAUGACAGUCAUCCUCAGAGCACUGUCAGACUGUCCCAGGACAGUGGGUGUCUCAGCUGUCCUGUUUACAGGGAUAAUAUCUGUGGGGCAGGAUUGGGGGCUUGGAGUGGGGUGGGUUGGAAGAAUGUGGGUCUCUGUGCGUUUGUGCAUGUGAGUGUGCUGUGUGUGAGGGAGUGUGUAAUUUAAAAUUUGUGAAGUGUCCCGGAUAAGCGGAGCUCCUCAGCCUUUGUCCUCAGGACGCCCUCUUCAGGGAGUCUUCCUGCUUAACCUGAGGGUGACCUACGCAGCUGAGCAGAUAUUCUUCAUUACCUCAGUGGGAAGCCAGCUUUCCUUCUCGGGCCAUUCUCUUGAAGAGAGGGGCAGGGCCGAGGUCUCUCUUCCCAGAGAAAGGGACCUUGAUUUACCCUGUGUGUGUGGUUCUGGGGCCUGACUCUCAGCAGCUCUGGUGGAAACUGCUGGGCUUUGCAGCCUUUAUCAUCUAUACCUCUGUCUCCUCUCCCUUCCCUCAGGCUGGAGGACGAAUCAGGCAAGAGCUGAACCAUCAGAGCAGCCUGUCUUUGCUAUCAGCUCAGUCCAGCAUGGUUCUCUAAUAAGAGAAGUCCUUGCUAUGUAAUUCUUAAGUCUACUGGGAGCAAGGAUGGCAGGGCCACGCAGGGGUCACCACGCAUGGCCUGGGGGAGGGUGCCCAUGUUCCCUAGUUUGUGAUCAUAACCCUUCAGAUUCGCCUCAUUGGCAGCUCUAGAAGAAACGUGUCGCCCUUAGACCAGCACCACCUCUUUACCUCCUAGUCCACGCUCUCACUGCUGUAGACAUCUGCUACGUGGUGGGGAUUUCUCUCAUGACCGAAUGCUUUUGUCCCAGGGGGAGUGCUAUGGUUAGAGCCAGAGGUCUGCCCCACCCUUUGGGCCCUCUGCUCCUUGUCCAAGGCACCUCCACAUGUCUACCCCCGUGCUCCUAUGUGCUCCAUCCACCCGUGGGGCUGAUUGCACUUAUCUACCUCGUGGGUGUCUUGUGAAGGGAUCAUUCCCAGGGGUCUCUGAGUCUGCUGGGCCUAAGUGCCAGGCUGGAAUGAUGGGCCAGUUGUAUCAGCAUGUGUGGCCUAUUUUCCUGUGGGCUGGGCAACCUCAUUUUAACUCAGUCUUUAAUCUGAGAGGCCACAAGUGCAAUUUUGUUUUACUUUUCUCAUUGGGGCACCUGAAACUAUGAUGAGACUUGCUUAAUCUAAAGGAGCAUGUAUGUAGACACAUUUGCAUUUAUAUUUGUAAUUUUAUUUGAUGAUGAGGAAGAAGGAGAUUAAAAAAAAAACACAGAGACUUGGGCUGGAUGCAGACUCCCACUUGGCAUCAUUUAUAGCAAGUCACUGCCCAGUUGCUGGAUCUGGAAGGGUUUCUCAUCUGGAAGCCUAUGGGUAUGGACACAUGGACAUGCUGGACCUUUCCUGAGGAGGAGGAAAAUGGGCUGCUCUUUUUUUCUAGCAAAAGCAGUUGCUCCAUUGGUGUUUACAUUCAUUCAACAUUAACAACCA